AUGUCGCCGCUGGCAGCGCUCGUGCUGCUGUGCGCGACGCUGCAGACUGCGUCAUCCAUUGACGUGCCCGUGGAUACAAAUUUUGAGUUUACUGGCCUCUACUCCGAUUUCGCCCAGCAAUAUUACGUGCUCAACACUGAGUUGGACGACACCGCGCAGCUCUCGGACGUCAGCAGAGAUGCACUACCCAGCGCGUUACAGCAGCAGCUCAGUACCAAUUCACUCUCAUGGGGUGACUUACCCGGCCUCCUGCAGCGUGCCUUCCUUUGGGACGCUGGCUACGUAUUAACGCCCACACACACCCUGGCCAAAGUCUAUACACGAUGCGGUCGGUCCAUGGCAGAGCUAGUGGUGCCUCCCAAGGCGUUCGAGCGCGCCGGUUGUCAACUACGAGAGUGCGUACUACCAGACGGGACGAUCUUUCAUCGGUCACUUAACUGCAAGGCCUCGCAGCUCUCCAGAGCGGUCCAGUGUGCUGUCGAUGCAGCUGAAGACAUCUCGGCACCGGCGUAUGCCGCAGUCUGGGGAGACGGUGGAGAAGCGGAUACUCUACCUGAAGUGACAGUACAACGUCACGCCUACAUGGACUCAGACGGGAAGCCCAAUCUGAUCUUUGCACUGCACACGACGGACUAUGAAGUCGCUUACACUCAGUGUCCUUUGACUCCGGCAAUGGUGAUCCCUUGUGCGCCGUACAAUUUAGUUAACCAGUCCAAGUUCUGCUCUCCACAGCCUGGUGAAGUGGCGUCUGCGUGGCUUACCAAGACAAGACGUGGCUGCUAG